CCGCGUCGGAUGAUUCGCGGGGAGAGGGUUUCGAUUGGUUGCUGUUUCCGAGCGAGUUUCUUAAUUUGGUGUUUUUGAGAGAAAAACUUCUUUAUCUGAUUUUUGGUGGGAGUUUGGGUUUUUAGAGAGGUUUUGGAGUGGAGAGAUGGCGGCGAACGGAGGGGUGCCGGAUUUGUCGUCGAAGCCGGUGAGGGAGGAUGAUGACGAAGGUGAGUACGAGAGUGAUCCCGAGGAGGUGGUGCCCUUGGGGCUCCGGCGGAGAGAGGCGAGCGACGAUGAGGAGGAGGAGGAGGUCCCCCAGAGAAGAAGGGAUCGGAGGUUGUUGAUUGGAGGGGAGGUGGAAUCGGAUGGAGAGGGUCGGCCGGCAGCGUAUGAGGAGGAAGAGGACGUGGAGGGCGAGGAGGAGGAGGAGUUUGAGGAGGUGGACGAAGAGUUGGAGGAGGAGGAGUUGGAGGAGGCGGUUGUCCGCAGAGCAGGUGGCACUGCAGGACGCGCGGGCCAGUUGGCGUCCCCGGGAGAUGGUGGACCGGAUGAGGGAGGAUCAGGCGUCCAGGAGUGUGAGGCUGUGCCUGAUGCAUCGGAUUUCCGAGGGAAAAAUCAGGCAGCGGCUAGCCAGGAGGAGAAGAAGGAGAACGAGCCAUUUGCUGUGCCUACUGCAGGGGCUUUCUACAUGCACGAUGACCGCUUUCGUGACAAUGGUGGUGCCCGGCACAGGAGGACCCCAGGUGGGCGAAAGUUAUGGGAAUCUAAAGACGAUCGAGCGUGGGUGCAUGACAGGUUUGAGGAAAUGAACUUGAAAGAGACGCAGUACAACGAAGGCAAAAGAGGUUCUAAAGGACGUUUCAGAGGCCGUGGUAGAGGCAGGGGCAGGGAACGGGGCUUUGCAAGAGGGAGCAGAUCUAGAUAUUUUGAUGAGAAUAUGGAUAAAACUUCAAAUCAACCACCGCGAACGGUUAAAGGCAGAGGACCAAGGAAAUAUGAGCCUCUUUCGAAGAACCAAGCCGAAACCCCUCCAUCACAUACUAAACCUGCUUCAAGAUCUAAUGAGAUGUCUAAUAAAGUUAGUGAAGGGGGUUCAGCUCCACUUACUGGUAAUCCACAAUAUGAGGCAGUGGCUGCUCGCAAACAAGUUUUUGCUUCAAUCUUAAGCUCAGAUUCUCCUCCUUUCUACCCAUCUGGGACAUCCACCCAAGAUGUUUCUGCUGCCCACAAAAAGGAUGUACAGGUUGGAAGUGCUGUGAGAAACAUGACAACCUCUGCUGCUAUGGAUGAAAAUAUCAUGGGGUCAAACUCUAAUAUAGCUGCACGUGGAAAAGCAAUUCUUGAACCUGUUGGGCAGGGUGGACCCUAUGUUGGGCAUUCUGCACGUCAUACUACUGUAGGAAAACCAUCACCUACUGUGCACAUACAUUCAUCUGGGAGUUCCUCUUCUGUUACCAUGGUUCAGUCUCCUCAGCUCAAAGUUCGGGUGGCUGGCUCUGGACAACUUAAUUAUCAGUUUCCUCCUUCUUCUAGCCCAAUGAGCAGAGUAUCUGCUCACACAACUCUUGCAACUUCCCAAAUGUCAGUAUCAGGCCAACCAAACCUAAGACCUUCAGCUCAACAGGUGAAUCAGCGGCCUGGAGUUGGACCUCAAGAAUCACCCUCUGCUCCUCAAGUUCCAUCACUUACACGCCUGCCUGAAGUUAGCGAAGUGGGAUCUCCUCCAGGAUCCAGUAAGUCAAAGACUGGUCUGGUUGGAAAGAUGAAGGUCAGUAACCAAGGAAGUGGAAAGAGUGCUUUCUUGUACAAUGGUGCACAAGUUGUUGGGGCUACAGGUGCAACUGGAGUUGGCAAUGGUGAUCAAAGCUUUCCUCACACUCCUGCACUUUUGCCGGUUAUGCAAUUUGGAGGACAGCAUCAUGGUGGUCUUGGUGUUCCUGCUGUUGGCAUGGCAUUUCCUGGAUAUGUGGCACAACCGCAAGGCGGUUUUGGAAAUUCAGAGAUGACAUGGUUACCUGUUCUAGCUGGUGCUGCUGGAGCUCUAGGGGCCUCAUACUGCUCUCCUUAUAUUGCUUUUGAUGGUGGAUAUUUUGCUCGCUCAUCAGGGCAAGCCUCCUCGACUGGUUCUUCCGGAGAUUCCAAUUCAAACAAAUCUUCAAGCACAUGGAAAUCCCCACAAAAACCUGCUGAGCUGGUGAAUGAUGAAUAUGGACAAAGGCAAAACAAGCCUAGAAGAUAUUCAGAAAUGAAUUUUGGCCAAUGAAUCAAGUAUGAGUGCCUUCUAAUAAGAAGCUGAAGGACUGCUUCACUUGGCCCUUGGUGGUAUCUAGGCUUAAUCUGGAACCACUUUGGGCAGCUAAAGUAUCAAAAAUAUCAUAGUUUGUAUGCAGUAUGUGAGGUUGUGUUAACCCCUGCGUCUGCUGUGGCCGAUACAUGUGAUUAUUAAUUCCAAGGGUUGGACGGGUUUCACUUUUCCUUGUAUUGCUGGUUGUGACUUGUGCGUUCCUGAAGCUUGUGGAAAAUACUUGGGCGACACUUUGUUCUCCCUCUCUCCAUCCCGCCAAGCGCUACUCGCUAGGCUUAUUACCUUAUCAGAUAUGUGUCUAAUAAUUCAAGUGUUUUGUGGUUACUUUCUGCCUUGUUGAUGGGUAGAGAUGAUUGUUGGUGCUUGCUUUCUCCUAAAUUUCCCGGCUGCACCUUUUCAUAUGAGUGGUCUUGUAGUUUUCUAGUUUGUAUUUUUGCAAAAAUAAAGUACAUUGAUAAGCUUUGCAGUUAAUAGACAAAACCUCUUGAUCUGUAAGUUGAGUUUUUGAAGACUAUGCUUGGAAUAGCGUAACUAUAUUUGCCUA